AUGCCUACCUUCACAGUUUUCAAGGGCAGAGCAGAUGGUACCCCCAUCAAGAGCACCACCACUAAGCCAGAAGAGCUCAAAGGUGACAGCGUUUUGGUAAAGAUUACCGCUUCCGGUGUUUGCGGAACAGAUCUUCACUACAAAGGUGCCGACAUGGUCCUUGGCCACGAAGGUGUUGGUAUCGUUGAAUCUGUUGGCCCUGAUGCCAAAUAUCUCAAGAAAGGAGACCGUGUAGGAUGGGGUUACGAGCACGAUUCUUGUGGCCACUGCAAUGAAUGUCUUACUGGAAACGAAGUUUUCUGUCCAGAACGUGCUCUUUACGGAUAUGCCAAUCUUGAUCAAGGAUCAUUUGCUUCCCACGCUAUCUGGCGUGAGGCCUUCCUUUUCCCCACACCAGCCUCCAUUCCUGAUGAGUUUGCCGCUCCUUUACAAUGUGGAGGUGCUACUACAUUCUCUGCCCUCCAGGGUAUCAAGAGCACUGAUGUUGUUGCUGUGAUGGGAGUUGGUGGAUUGGGACAUUUGGCUAUUCAAUUUGCUGCCAAGAUGGGUUGCAGAGUUGUCGUGUUGAGUAGCUCGGACAAGAAGAAGGCUGAAGCCACCAAGCUCGGCGCACACGAAUUUAUCACUACCAAGGAUGUUAAGGAACUCAAGGUUUCUAAACCCAUCAACCGUCUCCUCGUUACCACUGCCGCUCAACCAAACUGGGAAUUGAUCCUCCCAAUCAUGGCACCCCGCUCCACCAUCUACCCCUUGACAGUUUCUUUCCAGAACCUCGAGAUCCCAUACAUGCCAUUCCUUGUCGCUGGUAUCAACAUCCAAGGAAACCUUGUUGCAAACAGAAGUGCCCACAAGCAAAUGCUGGACUUCGCUGCAUUCCAUGAAAUUAAACCUAUCGUUCAAACUUUCCCUAUGACGGAGUCGGGUAUCGCGGAGGCAAUGGACAAAUUGGACAAAGGACAAGUUUACUAUAGGGCUGUUCUCUUGGCGCAAAUCAUCGAGAAAGUUCUUCCCGGUGCCUCUCGAUCAUCAACAUCUUCAUCCACUACCCUUCGCAGUCGAUUCACUUACAAGACUUGGUUACAUUCCAUUCUUUCCUCUUGCUCCCCCAAAAGUAAGAAGGCCAAGAAGAGUGUCGAGAAGAAAUGA